UAAAAACAAAAGUGACAGUGGGGAAAUCAUAUGAUGUCACUGCGGAAGUUCAUGCAUCCUCGGAAUAAAUACAAAAUAGAACCCAAUUUCAAGGAACUAGCGGAAAUUUAUCCAGAGUUUAAAAAACAUCUUGCGACUUGAAUAGAAACUGAAAAAAUGAGUGAUAACAAUUCCGUGAACAACAUCACAACGGAUUCGAGGUUAUGUGAAGGGCGAGACGAUGGGACCACCCCAAAUACUUCCACAACUAUCAAAGGCCCACGAAGAAAAUCUGCGAAAUAUUAUCGUGAUUAUAGAGCACGAAAGCGAGCAGAGUGGAAAAUAGAGACGAUGAGUUUGAUGGGCGAUCCACUAGCAGUUACUGAUGGUACAUUGAAGAAGAGAAAAUCACCGGCAGAAUACCAGAGAGAGUACCGAGCCCGUAAAAAAGCUAAGAAAUACAAUAUAUCCACUACUUCAUCACCUUCUCCAGAGGAAUGUACUGCUAGUGAUUCAUUGACCAGAAGUAAUCCGUCAACGACUGCUGGAUCUUCUACGAGCAAUCUUGUCUGUUCUACAAAUUCAAUCCGUAGAAAAUCGGCAGCAGAAUAUCAACGAGAAUAUCGAGCGAGGAAAAAUGCUGAACGCGAAUCUAUAAGGGCUGCUCUAUCUGCGAUCACUAAUGACAGUUCAACGGAAAAUAUGCAACUUAAUGGAGAUAAAAGUGUUUCUGCUAACAGAAAUGCUUUUUCAGUAACACCAGUCUGCGGAUUAACGAUUUUUAAGUCGCAAGGGGGAACGUUCGAUGAAGUGAUUUAUUAUCAGGAAAAAAUUCAAGAUCAACAGUUAGUUUACGUCGCCACCUCGAGAAUUGUCUCCCUCGAAGAUCUCUUUAUUAUUCCACUUAACAAACAGGAGAAAUUUCGUCAUGAGAAGGGUAGUAAGGUCCCUUCACCCGUGGAUUUGCGGAAUGAGGUGAUUCAGCUGCGAGAAAAUCCAUUUUUUACGUUGGAUGAACAAUUGUAUGAAUUUAUCAAUUCGAGAAGAAACUUGUCAAUAGUGUCAUUCAAUUGUCACAGUCUUCAUGUACAUGCCAACGGCGUUACAGAUAGAGUUUUUCAUAAUUCGAAUAUAUUGAUGUUAUCUGAAACAGUUGGGAGCAAUGAUGAAUGUCCUGUAUCGAUGCCCAAGUUCGAUUUUAUUGUAAAAUUUAAACGUAAUGAUACCAGGAAUUCAGGUGUAACUGUUGAUCAUCAUCGAGAUGAUGGAUGUUAUAUUACUACUCCGCAUUUAGAAAUAAAAACUCCUCAGUCUAGUAACUCUGGUCCAACGAUAUCAACAUCAACCGAAAUUGGUGAUUUAUGUGGAGUAGAAUGCAGAUUCAUUUCUACUGCGAAUGAUCCGAGAAAGUUGAUGUUAAUUGCUAUUUACAUAUCCCCAGAUGCAGUCAUUAGGGAUAUAACAUCAUUUAUCGGUAAAUCUCUAUUGCCACUGUGCGGUAUAGGUUCACAAGCACUUGCAGAUAUCAUUGAAGAAGAGGCUGAUUAUUGCCAAUGGCCUGUCAUUCUUGCGGGAGAUUUCAAUGUGAACUUUUCAUUGGCAGAAUCUGAACCGUUAUUGACAUUCCUCAAAGAAAAAUUUUCAUUGGAAAUGAUAAAUGGCCGAAAUGAUCCGACGACCGAAAGAGGAACUACCAUUGAUGCAGUUUUUGUAAAAAAUAUUGAUAAAAUCGAACUGGAACAUUUUGUAUGUUAUUUUAGUUAUCACAAUCCACUUGUUAAUAUUUCCGACCGUGAAAAUGAUGUUUCAAUUAAGCAAGAAGUAUGUGAUUUUCAGGAUUGAUUGGCAAAAAAUCUAUUAUAUUCUCUUUGAUUUUCAAUUUGCCAUUAAGAAGUUUUAACUUUACUGCGCCCAGGGACUUCACACGCUAGUGAUUUUUUUUAUUAGACUUUUUCUCGGUUAUCACUAAAGCCCGUUCGCUCUUUUCGACCCUUUUCGUUGUCGGAUUCGUUAUUCCUUUUUUUAAGGAAUUUUUUAUAAUCAUUACGUUGCAAAAACGUCAUGAUAAUGACACCGUAAUUUAUUAGCUGUUAAAUUUGCAUAUGAAAGUAAAUCUGUGAUAAAUUGCUAAACUAGUAUAAGAGAAUUUUUUUAUUAAAUUGUGUUUCAACAAUUUAUAGCAGUGAUUUCGCUCAUAAAAUCAGUAAAAAUGUAGUUAUCUCUGCCUGUAAAUUGGAAGUUUCAAUCAGGAUUUUGUAGUUUUGGAUAUGACACUCAAAUAAAAACUAUUAGGCACGAAUAUUGUAUUGUCUUUUGAAAUAUCCUGAAUUAUGAAUGAGUUCUGCAUGAAUAAAAAUUUGAGUCUCGUGGUGUAAAAAUCGAGACAUUUUUUCAGUUGUCGAAAAUCCCUUCAUUGUUUACUUGUAUUUGUCAGAGAGUAUAUUUAUCAUUUUUGAAAGAACAAGGGGUUUGGUAUUUGUUUUGAUUUUCAUUUUCAUUUUUCCAACAAACAUAAGUAGAGCCACACUAGCGCUCGCGUUAUCGAACAAUUAGCGCUGCAAUGCUGAAAAUCAAUUUUGUUAUGGAGUACAAAUAUCAUAGAAAAAAGGAGUUGUGAUAUUAUCCUUGUUAUGUGAUCGUAAUUGGUAAUGAGGGGAAGAAGAAUGCGCUUGAGUUGCACCUGAUGGCGCACCACUGAUUUUGAGUAAGCUCAACUCAAAUGGAGGCUUUGAAUUCACAUCAGUGUAUUUAGUUGACUUAUCUGAAAAUACUAAAUGUGAGGACAGUCACACAUUUCCCUUUGAAUGAUUAAGAGGCUAUUUUAAAGGAUUGUUUAUUCAAAUCCACUAUUAGAAUUUAAUUCUGACUUGUAUAAAAGACUCAUCUUUUUGUAACCAGAGCUGUUGUCCUCUCCUUGUACCAAUCGAUUUCCAGUUUUUCGAUUAAAUUAGGCGUAACUUUUAAUUGUUUACUGGACUUUAAUUCUCAUUUAGGUAGAAAUAGAUUUCUGGAAGAUUUUCAUUCCUUCAUAAUUAAACUGAGGUCAAGACAGUAAAUAAUUCUGGAAAGAGUCCUUUAAUAUAGAGAAAAAAACAUUAUAUAAUGAUCACCGUCAUACAGAGCUAAUUAAUUGGAAUUGCGCGUUAUUGUUGUGGUACCAAUUAUGUGAAUAAGUCGAAGCAUUUAAAUUAUUUGCAUUAUUGUGUUCAUAUUCAUUCAGUAGCGUUAGAGGAAAGAUGAAUAUGCCAUUAAGCAAAUUGGCCUAUAGCGGCCUAGCCAGGUCUGAUAAAUAAAAAAUAAUAAUUAGAAUAUCAGACAAUAAUGAUAAAUCUAAUAGUUAGGGGGAGGGGAUAAGAAGUAAUUGAAGGAAAGAAUUGUAACGAGACUUGUG